AGGCGCUUGAAAUUCUGAACGAAAAAUCUUGAUUGUUGGAGAUGGAACUACAUAAUUUUAGGUGUUGUGAUGCUAACUUUGAGAAAAACAACAGAAAUAAUGAUGACGGCCUAUCGACAUUUUCAUCAGAAGAACAAGUUGAAGUUGAAGAGUCUGUCACUAAACUUUUGACAAAUUUUAAACAUAGACUAGAAGUAGAUACUGAGUGUAUUUUGCCAGUGUUACAUAGAGAGGAACAUGUUGCAUUUCUCCGGAAAGGUUUGAGUAAUCUUUCAGCAUCUUAUGAGGUAUGUUUAGAUCUAGCAGACCAUGUAUGUUAUGGAUAUACAUGCUUGGAAUUACUUGAUGAACCACUAAGUGACGAGACUAUAACUCAGGUAGCACAGUUUCUAGGGAAGUGUCAAUGUCCAGAUGGGGGAUUUGCAGGGGGACCAGGCCAAGAGGCACAUCUAGCACCAACAUAUGCAGCUGUGAAUGCAUUAUGUAUACUUGGCACAGAAGAAUCCUACAGAAUUAUAGAUAGGGAAACAUUAUAUGACUUUUUGAUGAGAAUGAGGACAUCACACGGGUCUUUCAAGAUGCACAAGGGAGGUGAGGAAGAUAUUAGAGCCUAUGCAGCAAGUGUUGCCAGACUGACCAAUAUCAUCACACCACAGCUGUUCGAUGGCACUCCAGAAUGGAUUGUCAGAUGUCAGACAUAUGAGGGAGGGUUUGCUGGCUGUCCAGCUAUGGAGGCCCAUGGUGGAUAUUCUUUCUGUGGUAUAGCAGCUUUAACUCUACUUAGCAAGACCAAUCUUUGUGAUAUUAAAAAUUUAUUGCGAUGGACAGUGAAACGCCAGAUGCGCUAUGAGGGAGGUUUCCAGGGUCGGACCAACAAAUUAGUAGAUGGUUGUUAUUCUUUCUGGCAGGGUGGAGCUUUCCCACUUAUACACAUGGUUCUAUCCUUGCAAGAUGAUGCAGCGCUUAGUGCUGAACAUUGGUUAUUUAAUCAAAAAGCUUUACAGGAAUAUAUACUAGUAUGUUGUCAAUUUCCUGGUGGCGGACUUAUUGACAAACCUGGAAGGGUGAGAGAUUACUACCAUACCUCAUAUUGUUUGAGUGGGUUGUCUGUCGCCCAGCACUUUGCAGGAGGAAAACUUAGUCACGUAUAUAAUAUAGGACAUGAAAACAAUAUUUUGCGACCAACCCAUCCAGUUUACAACGUAUGUGUCGAGAAGAUAGUCCAUGCAGACCUGUAUUUUCGACAACUACCACAUCCAAAACAAUCUGAAAACUGUGCAAAGAAAUAAUCCCUCCUUGAGAUGUUAAACUGUUUACAAUUGAAAUGAUUUUACAUGUUUAAUGUAUUCUUAAUUACAAGAGUUUAUCACUGUUUUAACAAAAUUUUCUAGGAAAAAAUUACAUCAACAUAAGACCGAUAUUUUAGGUAUUUAGGAAAAUUUUACAAAUGGUUCUGACUUUAUUAAGUCAAGAUUACUAGAACAUUUUAAUACUACCAGUGACAUUCAGGGAUAUUUGACAGUCUUCUGAUGAUAUGUCCUAUAAUUAUGUUACUGCAGCUGAAAUGCUAUAACAACCUUGUAAUUAUAUUCCUUACCAUAAAUAUUGAAAAAUUUACAUUAAAAUUACAUAAUACUAGUUGACUUGCACUGAUGUUAUUGGCAUAAUGUGUCAAAUAACAGAUUAUGAAAACAUUUCAGGUAUCAGUGUGCAUGUUCUGACAUUAACAUCACAUAGCAUGAAUGUAUAUAUUAAAAAAGAGAAAGGUUUGGAAGCCUUCUGGCCAUAACGGCACACCUAGUUUCUCAAUGGCUUAUUGACAUUUAUUGCAUUAGGUGUGCAGUUAUGGCCAGAAGGCUUACUGUCGUCUCUUGCAAGGGGUCUUCAUGACUGAAUGGUAUAGGUUGCUGACAAAAACAUCUUGCCUUUCACCGGUUUUGAAACCUCCUUUGGGGUGUAGAAUUUUUCAUGUGAGGAUGCCAUCCAUUUUACUAAGGAAUGCUGGUAGUUCUACCCAGGUGCCUGUCUGUGAGGAAAUGAUGUCCAGAGGUGCGUCUGGAUUUUUCCUCCACCAUCAAGUUACACCCAUGUGUUUAUUUGAUAGGUAAAGACUAAGUCUUUUAAAAUCAUUGUAAUAUUUCUAGUUUUUCUGCAAAAAUAAUACGUAUCUUAUCCAAAGAAGCAUUGCAAAUUUAACAUUUGGCAAAUUCCUGAAAUCUGUUGGGCCAUUUUUAGCCUGACUUUUUGAAAGUUUUCAAGAAGUUGAGCUUUUUUUGUCACCCUCUUGACCGAGUCCUCCUCACUAAAGUUUUAUAUGAAAGCAGGUUCUCAAUAAAACUGCUAGGCCAAAUGCUUUCAAACUUCACAUCUCUUUAGCAUCAUGAGAUGACCUCAAAGAGCAAGUUACAUAACUUUACCUCUUAUUUUGUCAAGAGUAUGCCCUUUUUUCAUUCAGAAUAUAAGAUUGUGUGGAUCCUUUAAUUUCUUUGUCCGAAAAAGGGUUUUCGUCUCCUGAAAAAAUGAGCAUAAGGGAUUUUCGAUGCUUGCCGGCAUACCUAAUUUCCAUAUAGUAAGCAGGCACAUUAAGCAGUCAAAAUAUUUAAAUUUGAAUGUUGUGUAAGUACUUGUCGUAAAUGUAUGAAAUAUUUCAGAUUAUGGUUAUUUAUGUCACCCACCACACAGUGGUGUGGGAGACAUAUUGAUUUACUCCAGUCUGUGUCUGUGUGUGUGUCUGUCACAAAGCUUGUCCGCACUCUAAGUCGAACAUUUCUCAUCCGAUUUUCACCAAACUUGAACAAAAUGUGUUUGACCAUAAGACCUCGGCCAAGUUCAAUAACUAGCCAAAUCGGUCUAGGCGUCUUGGAGUUAUGGCCCUUGAAUUACCAAAAAUCGGUCUUUUUACUCUUGUCCGCACUCUUAUUCGAAUAUUUCUCAUGCAAUCUUCACCAAACUUAAACAAAAUGUUUUUGACCAUGAGACCUCGGCCAAGUUCGAUAACUAGCCAAAUCGGUCCAGGCAUUUUGGAGUAACGGCCCUUGAAUUAUCGAAAAAUUGGCCUUUUUACUCAUGUCCGCACUCUUAAUCAUACAUUUCUCAUCCGAUCUUCACCAAACUUGAACAAAAUGUGUUUGACCAUGAGACCUCGGCCAAGUUCGAUAACUAGCCAAAUUGGUCCAGGCAUUUUGGAGUUACGGCUCUUGAAUUAUCGAAAAAUUGGCCUUUUUACUCUUGUCCGCACUCUAAAUCAAACAUUUCUCAUCCGAUCUUCACAAAACUUGAACAAAAUGUGUUUGACCAUGAGACCUCGGCCAAGUUCGAUAACUAGCCAAAUCGGUCCAGGCAUUUUGGAGUUACGGCUCUUGAAUUAUCAAAAAAUUGGCCUUUUUACUCUUGUCCGCACUCUAAAUCAAACAUUUCUCAUGCAAUCUUCACCAAACUUAAACAAAAUGUGUUUGACCAUGAGACCUCGGCCAAGUUCGAUAACUAGCCAAAUCGGUCUAGGCGUCUUGGAGUUAUGGCCCUUGAAUUACCAAAAAUCGGUCUUUUUACUCUUGUCCGCACUCUAAUUCGAAUAUUUCUCAUGCAAUCUUCACCAAACUUAAACAAAUUGUGUUUGACCAUGAGACCUCGGCCAAGUUCGAUAACUAGCCAAAUCGGUCUAGGUGUCUUGGAGUUAUGGCCCUUGAAUUACCAAAAAUCGGUCUUUUUACUCUUGUCCGCACUCUAAUUCGAAUAUUUCUCAUGCAAUCUUCACCAAACUUAAACAAAAUGUGUUUGACCAUGAGACCUUGGCCAAGUUCGAUAACUAGCCAAAUCGGUCCAGGCAUUUUGGAGUUACGGCCCUUGAAUUAUCGAAAAAUUGGCCUUUUUACUCAUGUCCGCACUCUUAAUCAAACAUUUCUCAUCCGAUCUUCACCAAACUUGAACAAAAUGUGUUUGAUCAUGAGGCAUUUUGGAGUUACGGCUCUUGAAUUAUCGAAAAAUUGGCCUUUUUACUCUUGUCCGCACUCUAAAUCAAACAUUUCUCAUCCGAUCUUCACCAAACUUGAACAAAAUGUGUUUGACCAUGAGACCUCGGCAAAGUUCGAUAACUAGCCAAAUCGGUCCAGGCAUUUUAGAGUUACGGCCCUUGAAUUGUCGAAAAAAUCCGUCUGUUUACUCUUGUCCGCUCUCUAAGUGGAACAUUUCUCAUCCGAUCUUCACCAAACUUGAACAAAAUGUGUUUGGCCAUAAGACCUUACCCAAGUUCGAUAACUAGCCAAAUCCGCCCAGGCCCUUGAUUUAUGGCCCUUGAAUUAUUGAUUGGAUCCAGUCAUCCAGACCAUCUAAUUGGAUCCACUCGUCUUAAACAUCUAGAGAAACUAACAUUUUUCAUAGGGGCAGUUGUGGGAGACAUGUGCUUUUCUCAAAGCAUCUCUAGUUUGUAUUUGUUAAACAAAUUUUAGCUAAACAAGUAACUGUUGUUAGGUUUGUGUGGAGCAUAUAUUGAAAUUGUGCCAUUUAUUUCUAAUGAUAGUGUACCCUUUUAAAAAGGUGGUUACAGCAUGUUUAUACAAAUGUUUUAAGAAUGUGUUUAUAUAUGAACAAAACAAUAUUUGCAUUUUCAUUGUUGACUACCAUUAUACUAGGUGCAAUAGCAAUAAACAGAUAUUCUGCUUUGAAUGUUAUAUCUUGAAAAUACUGAAUAUUUUGUUUAAUUGUGUUGAAGUAAGUUUUAAAAUUUAAUGGUGUAAAACUUGCUAGGGCUGUCCCAUUAAAUUGUAGACAUUGGGAAAAGACAUAAAUUCAGUAGACUUUAAUAUUGUUUGAAGAGGCACACUAAAAAGAUAAUAAAAUAUGUUACAGAAUGAUGAUUCUACAUUAAGUUUAAAAGAGGCAUAUACUAGCGGUUGGCACAUCAUAAUGUCAUUAAUACCAGCUACAAUGAGAUGUUCACUCUUUCUCAAAAUGCUCGCAUGCAUGCUCAAUACAUAUUUGAUUGCUGAGCAACCCUUUGCAAAGAUACAUGUGAUAUUGAUAAAUUGUGGGUAAAUGGACGCUGUGCAGUUAAUUUAUAGAACCAUGUAAUUAAAAGCUUCUCGUA